CCAGCCUGUAAUUAUACUGGGAGAAGUUUGCAGGCUUUAACUGAAUCUUCCACUGCAUGAGCUUUCUUUUCCUGCUUUGCUACCCCACCUGGAGCUGGUUGCUGCCUUCAGACCCACUUUUACGAUGCAAUAAAGGAACGGUGGCUGACCUGGUCUGGGACAUUGCUAUUUUAGAAAGAAGUUGAAACUCAAGACUUGGCAAUAAGUGUCAAGGAAAGGCUUUGGGCUUUGCUAAAGGGGAAGGAUUCUAGCAGGGGUCACAGAAGCAAAAAGGAAUAGAAAUCUAAGAAGGAGACACAACUUUUACCCCCAAAAGAUAUUUUACAAGCAAGGGAACUAGAUUUGAAUAAGAGACCGCACAGCACCAUGACUGAGAUCACUGCUGAAGGGCAGGUGUCUGCCACCACCGCAGCUGUGAUAGACAACAAGAAUGGAGCUGUCCCGAAACCUUCAUCAAAUGUGCCAAAGAAAUCUGUGGCUGACGACUUAGCUUCAACAUUCAGCUCCCCUACAGCAUUGUUGCUUGUUGUUGCUUUAAUUGUCACCUGGUCAGCUGUUGCCAUUGUCAUGUUUGAUUUAAUGGAUUACAAGAGUUAUGUUGCACCCUAUACACAAUACUGUGAUGACCCCUGUUUACCACCUGGAGCACAUCAGCCUGGUUUCGGCAAAGCACUAAAGGAAGCCAAGAGCCCUAUAGGAGGUAUAAGUAAGCUUGGCUCUGACCCAAUGAAAGUCAUAGACGAAGUGGUGGAAGAGUCCACUGACUGGAUUCAUGGUGUCAUGUCGUUACUGUCUGACAUGAUAACGCCUGACGAUGAUGAUGACGAUGAAGGUGACACAGAGCAACCACCGAAGAGGAGAGGUGAAGAUAUCAUGGAUGAUGACCAUGAAGAUAAUGGUGAAAACGAUGACAACGAUGACGGUUUUAUAACUGCGAAAGAAGACGGUGAAGGCAAUGAUGGUGAGGAGGAGGAAGAUGAGGAAGAAGGCGAUGAUGAUGAGGAGGAAGACGGUGAAGCUCAUCCAUCCAAGCGGAAAGUAAUGAAAAAAAGUACCAAAGAAACAACUGAAAGAAAAUCGAGGGAUGAAAAGAAAGCACCACCGAAAGAGGUGAAAAAGGUUAAAGUCACCAAGGCAGAGGAAAAGACAAAGAUGGCAGCAAAACCAGAAAAGAAAGUAGAGAAAGCCAAGAAAGAAAUGAAGGCAGUGGAAAAAGCAAAGCCCAGAGCCAGGCCAAAGCAGGAGAAACCCUCAAAGACAGAAUCAAAAGAUCAGUUUGAGUUCUGUCGCUAUGUGGUUGGCAUGUAUACACAUGAGGAUGUUUCUUCAGGGGUCAAAGCAGCAGUAGCUCCAGCCCUGCCUAAAGGAAGCCCCACCACAAAGAAGCCAGCAGCACCUGCUGUGGAAGGGCUAAAGGAAGCAGUAACUACAGCUCCGCCUAAAGAAAACCCCACCACAAAGAAGUCUGCAGCACCUGCUGUGGAAGAGAAAAAGCCUGUUGUCAAGCCUGUGCAAGUAAAAAAAGAAGAACCUAAAAAGAAGCCACCCCAAGAACCUAAAAAGAAGCUGACCCCAGAAAUUGAAAAAUCAGCAAAAGAUAAACCAAAAGUUAGAACUGCCACAGCAAAACCCAAAGCUCAGAAAGCUCCUCCUCCUUCAGCAAAAGAACCAGAAAAAAGAAAAGAGCUUCCUAGUAGACUGAAGGAAACAAAAGUUGAAAAGAAACCUGCCUCAAAGCCAAAAGAAACUAAAAAACCUGAGGAGGUUCUCGUUCCAAAAGCAGUUCAAGCUAAAGUGGAAAAGGUAGAAAAGAAAGAAGCUAAAGCAGAAAAGGUGGAGAAGAAAGAAGGUAAACCAGAAAAUGUUGUAAAGAAAGAAGUUAAACCCCAGAAGGAGAAAGUUCCUGCCCAGGUAGAAAAGGAAAAAUCAAAAGCUAAAGGGAAAAAAACAGCAACUGAAAAGGAAAAAACCAAAACAGCAAAGCCUGAAGUUGCAAAGCAAAAAGCCAGUCCAGCACCAACAAAGAAAGCACCACAGACAAAGAAGGAAGUAAAGUCUUCAAAAGCUGCAGAACCAGCCAAAACAUUGAAACCUGAAGGACACAGAGAAUCAACACCACAGACAAAGAAGGAAGUAAAGUCUUCAAAAGCUGCAGAACCAGCCAAAGCAUUGAAACCUGAAGGACACAGAGAAUCAACACCACAGACAAAGAAGGAAGUAAAGUCUUCAAAAGCUGCAGAACCAGCCAAAGCAUUGAAACCUGAAGGACACAGAGAAUCAACACCACAGACAAAGAAGGAAGUAAAGUCUUCAAAAGCUGCAGAACCAGCCAAAGCAUUGAAAACCAAAGAACACAAAGAAUCAAAACAUGAAAAGGAGAAAGCAAAACCUGCAGCUGUUCCUCAGGGAAAAGAGCCUGAAGCUGCAAAAGAUGAAAAGUCUGCUCAGACAGUCAAAAAAGCCAGAGGAAAAUCAUCAAAAGAAAAGAUGAAGGAAGUCAAACCUCUUCCUCGUGCUGCUGAAGCCAAGCCAACAAGAAGCCAACCACCAACAAAGACACCACCACCAACAAAAGCACCCCCUCCAAAGCAUGAAGCUGUAAAACAGGAAAAAGCUGUGCCUCCUGCCAAACCAGAACCUUUAGUUGAAGCACCAGAAACAGAGAAACUAGCUGAGGCAGAGAAGAAACUUGCUAAAGACGAAAAACCAAAAGAUCUGAAAUCUACAAAAUCAACAAAGCCAGCAGUACAACAUUCAGUGAAGAAAGACAAAAGUAGCGUGCCAUACUUCCAAUGUGUUUUUGUUGAUGGAAACAAUGGCUACCCCUUCACACCCAGCCGGAGUCUACCUGUGAUGCCCAAAUCAUCAGAAAAGAAGCCACGGUCCCCAGGGCAUUAGGACAUAAGAGACUGAGGGAUUGUGGAAAUUUUGCACUGCAGGCCUUGUCCUGAGGUUUGCUGUAACUGCAGCAGUGUGAUCCAAGUGGAUUAAGUUUUUACUGUUUCAGGAUACAGGAGGCUGCGUGGAUGAACAGUUUUUUUUUUUCUAGAAAAGUUAUAUAGCUUUUUUUUGGGCUGGAGUAUUUUAAAUACCCUAUCUCAAUUUAAAUGGUUGUGGUGCUAAUUUGGUGUUGCAUUUUUUUUUCUGUGUUUACCCGUCAAUGUUUAUUGUUUAAUUCUAAAAGGAGUUACAUUUAACUGUGUAUGAUUGUAAGUGCAGCCUCUUGAUUGCACAGUUCUAAUACUACUGUACAAUUCUGUAGAAAUAAAUGAUACAAACAUACCAUUAUAACAGCUUGUAUAUGGCAGCUGGUGUUGCUAUUCUGACCAGGACUUGGAAACAGCCUUUCAGUUUCAAUAGCUAUUUAAUUAGCAGACAACACAGAAAAUAGUUUAAAAAAAACAAAAAAAACAUCAGGUGCAGAUGCUGUGUAGUUGACGAGUCUGCCUCUAGAGGUUACUUCUGCUUGUAAAACAUCCCUAUCUUAAUUUCAUCAUUGGAAUGACAGUAAAAAAAAAGCCAAAAACUUUUUAAAAAAUAUUUUUGUAAUACAACAUGACAAGUUUGGUGGUUGGAUUUUAAUGCAAUAUUAUAUAUUAUAAAUUACUUCUCUUACUGCUAUGCAACACUGUGAACUGUGCCAUCUGUUGGUGUUGUUAAUUGAACAUCAGGUUUUACUCACCUUAUGGUACCAUAUUUUACAACAAUACUGAUACAUGAAAAUUAUGGUUUAUUUUGUACAACCUGCGAUAGUUAGGGACCAGCCAACCAAUAGAGAUACUGUGAAUAGCUAUUUUAAACUUCUAAAAUUCUCAUAAUAUACAGACAGUGCUCUGAUGCCAAUGAAAACACUAUGUUAGCUCCAAAUUCAAUUCAUUGUUGGUUCAGUUUAGCACAUUGCAAACUAUGAAGCCUUUAAAGUAGGUGAUGUUCUUGCUGUCUCUUCCUGUCCUUGUUUGCAGUUGUAAAUAUAUUUCAAAGUGCUGUCUUUUUGUGCCUUUUCAAUGUGGUGAAAUUUCAGUUUUUGUGUAAAAAUGUAUUUGCAGUUUCUUACUUGACGGGUUGCAGACAAAUAGCUGUAUCAAGGAUUGUAGAUACUUUUUUUGCACACAAAAAAUACUGGACAGACAGUGCUGGACUGCAGACUCCUGGAAGCAACACUGAUAUGGAAUAAAGGUGUAUCAUCAUAGUCAUGGAGCUGUUUAUCCAGGCAGUUUUAUAUACCCAAACCAUCUGAGUCUAUGUCUUACAACAUAGCCGCUGUAUUACAAUCGCAUGGUUAGUUUGAGCUACAAUAUAGACGUUGCAAUAUUUCACUACAAUAGUUUCUGAACAUUAUAAGAACAACUUGUGUUGAUUGCAUACCCAAAAUAUUUCAUGUCAUUAUUCUACACUGUAACCCAGCCAAUGGGGAAAAAUGUUACCCAUUGAUUUCAAACCGAAUGUAUCUAAAAUCCUACCCAUGUGCAUGGCUUGUCUAGAGGGAAAGCUGUUUCCAUUAAAAUGUUAUAUAAAGAUGUCUGCUCGUUGCUCGGGGUGUCUGUUUCCAAAGGAAUGUAGUUCAUGGAGGCUGUUAUUCCACAUAGGUAGGAAAACAAGGAUGAUUUAAAUAAAACCUCAUAAAGUAGAAGAAGGGUAAUUAAGUGUCCAUAAAACCUAUAGGCAUGGAUGUACCUGUAACUGCAGUUUGACAAGAGCAAUUCAUUGUCAUCAUGCUGUCACUAUUUUAUCUAAGUCCGUGAUAUGUUAAUGAAUUAGAUUUGGCUGCAAUUAUUAUUAUUAUUAUUAUUAUUAUUAUUAUUAUUAUUAUUAUUAUUAUUAUUAUUAUUAUUAUUAUUUUUAAAGGAUGCUAUUAAAGCAUCUGCAAAUAGGUAUGUGUUAGACACUGAAAAUGAAAAUUUGCUAAUAAAACAUUGAUUUGAUUGAUGAUCAAAAAUCUUAGACUCAUCUGCAGAAAUGUAUCAAAUGAGAUAUAAACUAGUAGCAGGCAAGUGCACCAUAGCUGCCUGUGCCAAAUUAACGUCGUUUGGGGAAAAAAAGUCUGAAGUACGCAAAUGAUUGAAUUUUGCAGUGAGAUUAACCAUGCAACUGGAGAUAAACCUUAAGAAAUUUGUUUCAGGGCAAAGUUUAGCAUUUAGCUUUGUAAGAAAUAAAUCUCCGAUUGUGAUUUUUUAUUUAUUUAUUGUUCUAUGUAUUAUUUAUUUAUUUAUUCUUUUUUUUUAAAUAGCUAAUUGAGGUACAUUUUUUUUUUUACAAGACACCCUUUAUUUUUCUGUUUUUAUUUUAUAGUGGUCUGUUUUUUUAUUUUGAAUAUGCUGAAAUAAGCACUGGCAGACAGACUACCAUGCCAUGUGCCAUUUGGAAUAGCUGAUACUGCUGUGUUCCCUGCAACAUGUGUAGUAUUUAUAAUAUUUAUAAAAUGACAGUAUCUAUAAAUGCACAUAAAUCCCAUGCUCUAAAUUCACUCACUUGGGUCUGUUUUGCAGCUCAUAGAAAUACCGAUGCUAUUUAACUUUAUAUCAUUCAUGCAGGUUUUUUUCUCAAGACAUAAUGUUGAAAAGCACCACAUUCAUUAACAUAUCAUAAGAUUUAGGUGCACAACAAAGCAAAAAGGGGAAACAACUAUGUGACUUGAAGCCCUAGUACUGUAUAUUGCUUACUCUUGCACCCAGUAUCUAAAUAUAUAUCACUUACUGAUACUUUUUAUGCAUGUGAUAUGCCAUAUUGCUAGUUUAGCUGUAGAAGAAACCAAUUGUUGUUUAAAUUAAGCUGAUGGAUUUUGCUAAAUCUGGUGUAUAAUAUUUAAAGCUGAGACAUUGCAAGUACAGAAAUAUCAUUAAUUUCUCCAAGGAAAAAAAAAAUCAAACAUCUACUCCUCUUCCAAUGUGUUUCUUUUGAUAAAUGGGUAUGGAAACUAAUUGAAAACCUGCAGAAUUAUGUUAUUUUCCGUAGGAUAUAUUUCAUUUAAUUGCUUGAUAAAGACCAAACUGGUCGCUCACAACAUAGUGAAAAAUAACAAUGGGUUACUUUGGAUUUUUAAUUAAUUUGAAUAAUUUACAAGUUAUUGUAAAUAUUUUUUUUUAUGAACAUUUAAAAUGAUCUGUUAAGUGCAGAAGAAGUUGCAUUAAAAUCCCUAUGGCAGUGUUCAUCGAUUUUGCAAUAAAGGGGACUUGUAUUUAAAUCUUAACCAACACUCAGAUUGCAAUGGAAGCAUAUAUGAUAUAUCCUCAGUGUACCUCUCUUCCUUAUCUAAUGAUAUACUUGCACUUGUUUUUUUUUUCUAUUUCUCAAUGAUACUGCGUAAAAAAUGAGAAAUGAGAAAACAUGGAACAUAUCUGUGGUGAAAUAUGGAUUUAAGAAUUCUCCAAAUUAGAUUUGCAUGUUUGGAUUUAGAAUGCAUGACAGUUUUAUAAAUAGUUACAGUAGAGACAGGAAUAAUAUAACAUAAUUACCUUCAAAUGGUUGAACUUUGCAUGUGCUUUAUCUCAGGUGCUAAUGCCAUGAUGAAAUAAAGAAUGAUCUAAACAAUAAAGGCAUCAGACCUUUUAUACUUUCAUACAUCGUGCGCCCUUGUGUGUGUGAGAGCACGUGUCUGCGCUCAUGUUUCGUGUAUCUGUCUUGACAGUAUUGUAUAUGUUUUUUAAUGGUAUUUAUUUAGAGUGCCCAAUUAUUGAGAAAUGAUACUGUAAAGUGGUUGUCUGUGGGGAAUAUAGAAAGUCUUUCAUUUCAAACACUGCCCUCUAAAAUCUAGAUAAAAAGUGUCAAAUUAUAGUCCUUCAUCGCAGCAAUCCCCACAACAGCUCAGAACCAGAGGUCAGUUCAACUAAGUCAAUUGCAAGUUUACGGCCAAGAGCUCUACAGCAGAUGUCAGCAAAUUACAGGCCUCUAGAAAACAAGGCCCAGCCAAUUUAUUUAUAUCUGUUUCACAAGCCAUGAAGCCAUGAAUCAUUAUGUAGUGUCUUCUGUAUGAAAUGGUAUGUUCACUUAAAGCUGCAGUGUUCCACAGUACUAAUAGACUUUAUGUGGGCAGCAGUGUGGAGUAGUGGUUAGGGCUCUUGACUCUUGACCGGAGGGUUGUGGGUUCAAUCCCAGGUGGGGACACUGCUACUAUACUCUUGAGCAAGGUACUUUACCUAGAUUGCUCCAGUCAAAAACUCAACUGUAUAAAUGGGUAAUUGUAUGUAAAAAUAAUGUGAUAUCUUGUAAUAAUUGUAAGUCGCCCUGGAUAAGGGUGUCUCCUAAGAAGUAAAUAAUAAUAAAAAUAAUAUGUGGUU